AUGAGAGUGAAUGAUCCAGCUUGCCAUGACCCGGAUCAUUUCGAGAAACUAGCACAUGAAGUUCCACUCGAUGAACGGUAUGUAGAUACGCUAUCGCUUUUAUGGAAAGAAAAAAUAGGAAGUGAACGAGAAGUAACAUUAAAAGGCGAUGAUCGAAUGAUUGGAAAGAAACCGCAAAACUGGGUACCAAACAUUAACGAGAAUUCACCUAAAGCUAAUUAUGCAGAACUGGACUGGGAAGGAAUACCGGAACCGGUGAAGAAGAUUUUUAGCAUUAAAUUUGGCGAACGGCGAGAUUAUUCUGAUGCGUGGAAAAAAGCUCUGAUUGAUAAAGUACGAAAGCAUGAACUCGAUAUAAACUCAUUAGAAGUAAAAAUUGCUUGGUCAACCGGUGUGAUACGUUCAUGGACUUUGCUGGUAAAACAAAUAGAUAACAAACCAAAGAAGCCAGCUCAUAUCGUACACCCUCUUCACUUAAUGAUAGCAUUUCGUCGAAAACUCUUGCGGCAGUUACGCGAAGUAGACACAGCAGCUUUUGAAAAGGUAUUAUCGGAAUUAAAAAUCGCUUAUCAUGUACCAAAGCGUCCGGAAGAACAGAUUGAAAAAAAACGAAAAGCAUGGGUGGAAGCUCUGUUGAAGGAAAGGAUUGCCAUGGAAAAAGAUAUUAAAAUGGAAGAAUUAAACAAAAGAUUUAUUGUUGAACGGAUACAGUGUGGACGUGAAAUAAAAAAGCGUCUAGAAGAAUUGGACAGUGAAGAAACAGAAAUCAAGACACGUCUAAAGGAACUUGCAAGAACUCAAGGGGAAAUGCCAAAUAAUGUACCAAUAUAUCAGCCAAAAUUGAUAGAAGAAUUGUCGGAAAUAGCAGCUCACGCAAUUUUGUAUCAUCGUCCCGAUGAUUCUCACCGAAGAGAUAAAUUACUUACUGCAUAA